UACCUGUAAACAGAUCAGCCGUGGCUGAAAAAGACCUGCCAGUGAUUUACAAAUUAAUUAAAACAAAAGCAUUUUUCAAACUGCAUCGCGGACCCUCCGCCGUCAGUUUAUAAUCUAUUCCUUUAAUGAUUAACUAUUUUUUUCGCCUCACACUCAUCGCGACUGUAGCAGGAAGGUGAUCUCUGUGUCCUUGUCCGAAAAAAUAUUACGUUGCCUUGUCGUUCACAUAUUUUUUUAGAUUUUUUUUUUUUACCUCUGGCUUUUCAAACCACAUCCUCUCAGACAAUACAUUCCUCAGCUUGUUUUUUUAAAGCAAACCAGUUCUGCGACCAAUAAGAAACUGAAAGCAGAUUUUCACUCUUGCGUUCGCAGUUUGGUCCUAUUUAAUGAGACCAGAUGUCGGAGAUGACGGGCAAGUCCACGGACGACACCAGCGAGGACAGGGUGUCCCUCAAGAGCAACGGGAAGACGCCGAUCAACAGCCCCAUCAAAGCAUCGCUGGGAAGGCUGCAGUCGGUCACGAAAAGCUUCCGGAAAGCUGUGGAGAAGAGUCCUCGGUCACCUGGAGGGAAGGGGUCGAAGGUCGCGUCCAAAGCAUCAAACGAUGAGUCAGGAGCUCUGUCCUCACCUCCGCCUCCAUCGCCCAGUCUGAGCGCUGCGAGCCCUUCUCCUCGGAAGAACUUAGGAGGCUUCUUCCAGAAAAAAGACGAGGACGAGGCCGGCGACGCUUCGCCCAGAGACAAAACCCUGCCACGUUCAAAGACAGAUCCCAAUAUGUCCGGUUCCACAAACUCCCUUAUGAAAAGAGCAUCGACGCUGCGCCGAAGCCUGGGGUUAAUUUCAAAGAAGGACAACAAGCAGGAGCCACUCAAAACUGUCUCUGAAGGAGCUGGGGCCGACAAGAAGGAGGAGGGGGAGGAGAAGGAGGAGGACGAGGAGAAGGAGGAUGAGGAGAAGGAGGAAAUGGAGGAGUCAUACAUGCUGCCAGAUAUACCCCACACACCACUGUCAGUGAUGCAGAUCAAUAAGCUGAUAGACAUGGAGGUGCUGGAGGAGGCCCACCUCAACCUGCUCUCCAUGCGGCUGGAGUUCAAGCAGGAGCAGGAGCGUAGUGGCGAGGACUCGCCCAUGGAUCUGGCCAAGAAGGAGAAAGACCUCAGCCUCCUGUACGGAGAGCUGAGGACGAAGAUCUGCAUCAUAGUGCGCGACUCCAACUCUCUUCCCGACAGAAACAAGGAUCUGCUGGUCCCCGUGGCUCGCAUCAUCCAGGAGGAGGAGAAGAGGGCGGAGGAGCCGGGAGGGCUCCCAGAAAGCUGGAUGGACACCUGGAGGGAGGCAGUUAGCGACGGCGUCAGGGUCAAGGUGGAGAAGGUUCACUUGGAUAACAGGGAGCAGAACACCUCCUGGCUGGCCGUUCACCUGGGCCUGCUGGGCAAAGCCAUCGUGGAGGACCUGGAGAUCGUGAAAAAGAAGCUGCGGUGGUCCUACCCGCCCAGCUUUAAGGUCUUCAGCACCUACGUCCAGAGUUACCACAGAGUCGUCGGGGAGCACCUGAAGAAACUGGAGGGGAAGGUGACGGAGCUGAAGGACCUGUACGCCCUGUUGGACUGGAUCCUCAACAAGUACAAGAGUGACAGGAUCAUGGGAAACGUCUCCCUGCAGCCGGACAUGGAGGGAGAGAGGGUUGAGCUUCAGCUGGAGGAGGACUUCCUGAAGAAGCUGAAGGAGAAGUACUGCCAGACGAUGAGGGUGGAGGACAUGAGGCCUUCGCUUGACAGAGUCAUUGAUCUGGAAAACGAAGAGGUUUGGGAGAAGAGACACGCGCCAGAGAAAGAGGACGGCGUCCUCAGCUCUAAGUUUCCUAUGGACAUCUGGACGAGAAUUAAAAGCAACGCUAAUCAUGCUGCAAGACUUGAUGCACAGCUGGAACAGAAGGUUCUCUCUAACUGCCUCGAGGAACUCAAACAGUUCCCCAAGAGAUUUGAGUCAGAGUUCUCGCGUCACUGCGGUGCUCUCAAGCCACAGCCUCUAUGGACGGAGUAUCAAAUAAUGUACAUCAACAGCUUCACCUCUUUACAGCAGUACAUGGACGGAUACCAGGACAAAUGUCCAGAUGAAGUGGAAGGCUUCAGGAAAGAGGCGAAGUGGCUGAUUGUCAGGCUUCUGGAGGGCCUCGAGGACCAGUUCAAAGAGGAUGUCAAGCCGUACCUGAGGAGAAUGAUGACGAGGAAGUGGCUCACCAACGAAGAAGACUUCACUCAACUUUACAAUCGCACGAAGAAGCUUUCAGAGCACUGUGAGGUCAUGAAGCCUCCACAUGUCCAGGAUUUUGCGAGUCGAUUGCAUCACCACGUGGUGAAGGAAUACGUCGGCCAGCUGAUGAAGAACAACUACUCAUGCAAGAACCAGAAACACGACAAGGCAUCGAGCAAGAUCAGUCAGCAGUGGAACAAGCUCACAGACCUGUUUAAAGACAUGAACUCGACGCACGAGUGGCUGCACCAUGUUGGAGACGAUCUGAGCAACAUUAUCGGACAGAAAAACAAGACGGACAUCAAGAAUCAGCUGAAGCCUUUAGUAGAGCACUACCCAGACUUCAGUCGGAAGCACCUGGUUGCCGUUCUGUACUUCAGGGGCCUGACGAGUGGCCGCGAGCACCGGCUCAUACUCCAGCAACUCUCAGCGCUCAAGAAAGAGAAAGAGAGCGUCAGCGUUGACAGAGUUUUGUUCGGCGACAUGCAAGUCAACGUCAACACAGACUGUCUGUCCAACCUGCCUUUCUCCUGCCUCGGCUUCCUGCAGUCACACAACUGAGGAGAGGCUGCAGGCGAAAUGCAAGGAAUGCACGGACGGGAAAAGCUGUCGGUGCAGAUUUCCCCGGGGGGGAUUUGAUCAGAAACGUCAUUUUUAUUCCACAAAUUUUCUCCUGCAAAAAUUCUUGUCUUAAAACGUGAGCAUCACGAAGAUCCAAUAAAGUUUAAUAAUAAAGGCGACUGCAUCAGAUCAGGAAUGUGACAUCAACUGUGCAGAAACAAUAAUAUGACACAUGGAGUGUGUUUGUGUUUCAGGUUUUUCUGAGCAAAUAAGAGCUUGUGCAAAAUGCUGCAUGUGUAGCAGAUUUAAUAAAUGAAAAACAGAUUCUGUCAGAGUUUUAAGUUAAGGCGGCACAUUAGCCCGGCUGAAGAUAAAUGUGUAAAUAUAUGUGAAAUGUAAAUCUGUAAAAUGUGAGCCCCUCUCAUCUGCUUAUUAUAAUUAUUGCAGGAAACCCGCCAUGAAAUGUGACUUUCUUUUCAGGAAACCGUUCAGUUGUUUUGUGUGUGUGUGUGUGUGUGUGUGUGUGAGUGGAGUUCUGUAAAAAGAAAUGUGUUUUGUUUUUAAUAAAAUAUCAAACUACAGUCAAACUACAA